GUGCGGGCCCUGGUGGGCAACCUCGACACUCUGUUCACCGCCCUGGGCCUGCGGGAGGAGAGCUUCGCCGUGGGGACCCUCAGCAGGGUCAUCGCUGCUGAGCUGGCAAGCUAUGCCCCAGCCAGGAACAGGAGAAGGACGGCCACCAACAAGGCCUCUGUCAUCUUCGUGGACAGGACAUUGGACCUCGCUGGAGCAGUGGGUCAUCAUGGUGACAAUCUUGCAGAGAAGAUACUUUCUGUGCUUCCCAGGCUUCCUGGCCACAAGACCGAUGUGAUGGUUAACAUGGUGGAACUUACAGCACUGCAGACUACAGAUGAAACUUGCAGUAUUAUAGCACCUGGCUGCUUGGCACAACCAAAUGAUCCAGCUGCCCAAGCUCUCUGGGAGUCCUUCAUGAACGUCAAACAAAAGGAAGCUGUGAUGGAGGCCAGGAGACACCUUGUGGAGGCUGCAAGCAGAGAAAAUUUACCUGUUUUUCUUUCCACAGGCAGAGUCACUCCAGAACAGCUCAGCUCAUACAUUCAGCUUUUCAGAAAUAAUCUCAAAGCUUUGGAGAACCAUUGUGGUCUUCUACAGCUUGUGCUGGCCAUGGUCCAGACUUUGAAACACCCCCAGACUUCCAAAUGGGACAACUUCCUUGCCUUUGAGAGAUUACUUCUGCAGACUAUUGGUGAGUCAGAAAUGCCCAGUGUUUUGAACCAGUUAUUGCCAAUGAUCAGGUCUUACAACGAGAGGACGAAAGAUGAUUACAGCUGCGAGGACUUCCUUGUCUUGCUGGUAUACAUGUAUUCUGUGGUUGGAGAACUCAAAAGUGGAAAAGAGCUGGACAUAGCUGAAGAAAAGGUGAAAAAGGCCCUAGUCAAGGCCAUUUGUGAUGAGCCAGAGCCUUCUCCUGUGUUGCAGAAAAUAACAGGCUGUAACUCGUCACUGAACCUGACAUCUCAGAAAGCCACAGAUGCAGUGGACGAUAUCUUUCGGUCCCUCAGGGAUAUUGCAAGAGCUCGAAUGCACAUGAAACAGUUUAAUUCCAUAUAUAAUCCAGGCAGCAACACCCACCAGGCUUCUUACAAACCGCUGCUGAAACAGAUAGUGGAAGAGAUCUGUAAUCCUGAUCGACCUGAUCCUGUUGAUAUUGAGCAUAUGUCAUCAGGCCUCACUGAUCUCCUUAAAACUGGAUUCAGCAUGUUCAUGAAGGUGAAUCGCCCUCACCCUGGUGAUCAUCCUCUUCUGAUCAUCUUCAUGGUUGGUGGAGUGACAGUCUCUGAGGUCAAAAUGGUGAAGGAUCUGGUAGCAACACGCAAACCUGGUACCCAGGUGAUGGUGCUCUCCUCCGCACUCCUGACUCCACGUAGUGCUAUUGAGUUGUUGUUUGCCACAGACCGUCUCCAGCCUGACACCGAUAUCUGA